AGGCGGGAACGCCGCUGAGGGAGCGCUGAGGGGGCGCUGAGGGGGCGCUGAGGGCCGGGCCGGCCCCGCUGCCCCGCGCCUUCCCCGCCGCUGGGGCACGGGAGAAAGGGCCCGCCUCCCGCGGGAUCCCCUCCGCAAAGCAGCGCUGCUUUAAAGCGGCUCCUGCUUGCUUCUGUUGCCUCAUCUCGGCACCAGCGGGAGAUGAGCCGGGACCUCAGAGGCAGGGGCUGCGCCCGGGGCAGAGGCUUCCACGGGUGGCGAGGAGGAUGGCGAGGAGGAGGAGGAGGAUGGAGAGGCAGAGGACAGAAGGCAGAGCCCAAAAGGAUGCCCGACCCUGCAAAAUCUCGACUAGUCCAAUCAACGAUGGAGCAAUUUAUUCCCUACAAGGGCUGGAAACUUUAUUUCUCUGAAGUUUACAAUGACAAGUCUCCUUUUGUCCAGAAGACUCAAGCCUUUGAAAAGUUUUUCAUGCAGCACAUUGAGCUUUAUGACAAGGAUGAAAUAGAGAGAAAAGGAAGCAUUCUCGUGGAUUAUAAGGAGCUAAUCCAGGACAGAGAGCUGACUAAAUCAAUUCCAAAUAUAUCUGAUGAACUAAGGGACAUGCCUCAGAAAAUACUGCAGUGUAUGGGUCUGGCAAUUCAUCAGGUGCUGACCAAGGACCUGGAGAGACAUGCGGUGGCGCUGCAGGUGCAGGAGGGACUGCCCCUGCAUGGGGAGCCCGUCAUAAAUGUGCCUCUCAUCCACGCCAGGGUGUACAACUAUGAGCCUCUAACCCAGCUGAAAAACGUAAGGGCCAACUGCUAUGGCAAGUACAUUGCCCUGCGUGGCACCGUGGUGAGGGUCAGCAACAUCAAACCCCUGUGCACCAACCUGGCCUUCGUCUGUGCUGCCUGUGGGGAUGUGCAGGGUGUUCCUCUCCCUGAUGGCAAGUACACCCUUCCCACCAAGUGCCUUGUUCCCGAGUGCCGGGGCCGGUCCUUCACAGCUGACAGGAGCUCUCCUCUAACCACCACAGUGGACUGGCAGUCUGUCAAGGUGCAGGAGCUGAUGUCGGACGAGCAGCGGGAAGCGGGGCGGAUCCCGCGCACCAUCGAGUGUGAGCUGGUCCAAGAUCUGGUGGACAGCUGUGUCCCAGGGGACAUGGUCACAGUCACAGGCAUAGUGAAGGUGGCAAGCACUGAGGAAGGAGCUUCUAAAAAUAAGAAUGACAAGUGUAUGUUCUUGCUGUACAUUGAGGCAAAUUCUGUCAGCAACAGUAAAGGACAAAAACUGAAGAAUUUUGACGAUGAGACCUUUCAGAGAUCGUUCAUGGAGUUUUCCCUUAAAGACCUCUAUGCUAUCCAAGAAAUUCAAGCUGAGGAAAAUCUGUUCAGGCUCAUUGUGAACUCUCUUUGUCCUGCAAUCUAUGGCCACGAGAUUGUGAAGGCAGGUUUGGCCCUGGCCUUGUUUGGAGGAUGUCAGAAGUUUGUGGAUGACAAGAACAGAAUCCCAGUGCGAGGAGAUCCACAUGUUCUGGUGGUUGGAGAUCCAGGAUUAGGAAAAAGUCAAAUGUUGCAAGCUGUGUGUAACAUCGCUCCUCGAGGCGUGUAUGUUUGUGGUAAUACUUCCACCAGCUCUGGCCUGACUGUUACACUCUCCAGAGAUGGCACUUCUGGAGAUUUUGCCUUGGAAGCUGGUGCCUUGGUGCUUGGAGAUCAAGGAAUUUGUGGAAUAGAUGAAUUUGAUAAGAUGGGAAACCAGCACCAGGCUUUGUUGGAAGCCAUGGAACAGCAGAGCAUCAGCCUGGCCAAGGCUGGCAUUGUGUGCAGUCUGCCAGCUCGGACAUCCAUUGUUGCUGCGGCAAACCCUGUUGGAGGACAUUAUAACAAAGCCAAAACAGUGUCUGAGAACCUAAAAAUGGGGAGCGCUCUGCUGUCCAGAUUUGACCUGGUUUUCAUCCUGCUGGACACGCCGAACGAGGACCACGACCACCUGCUGUCGGAGCACGUGAUGGCGCUGCGGGCCGGCCGGCGCGCCGCCUGCAGCAGCGCCCUGGUCACCCGGGCCGGCUCCCAGGAGCACUCUGUCCUCCAGGCCACCUCAGACCGACCCCUGCUCGACAGGCUGAAGAUCUCAACAGGAGAAAAUUUUGAUGCCAUUCCCCAUCAGCUGCUGAGGAAGUAUGUGGGGUACGCUCGGCAGUACGUGCACCCAAAGCUCUCUCCAGAGGCUGCACAAGUGCUCCAGGAAUUCUACCUUGAGCUCCGGAAACAGAACCAAGGAGCAGACAGCACCCCCAUCACCACAAGGCAGCUGGAGUCUCUGAUCCGACUGACAGAGGCACGAUCAAGGCUGGAAUUAAGAGAGAAAUCUACCAAGGAAGAUGCUGAGGAUGUAAUAGAGAUAAUGAAAUACAGCAUGCUGGGCACCUACUCGGAUGAGUUUGGCAAGCUGGACUUCGAGCGCUCCCAGCACGGCUCCGGGAUGAGCCAUCGCUCGCAGGCCAAGCGCUUCGUGUCCGCCCUGAGCAGCAUCGCAGAGAGGACCUACAACAACCUGUUCGACCUGCAGCAGCUGCGCCACAUCGCCCGGGAGCUGCAGCUGCGGGUAUCUGAUUUUGAGAGCUUUAUUGGAUCCCUCAAUGAUCAGGGUUAUCUUUUGAAGAAAGGCUCAAGAGUUUAUCAGCUCCAGACCAUGUGAGAAGAGUCCCUGUGAUGAACUUCCUUGGGAUGAUUGUCCCCCUGGCCUGCUGGGCCUGCAGCAGGGAGGCACAUCCUGAGUGGAGCUGCACCUCUGGCCUGUGCUGGGCUGCAGAUUCCCUGCAGGAAAUUAAACUGGAAAGCUGCAGCAGGGCAGACUGGCACGUGGUAUUGCUGCCUGGCUCAUCCUCCAGCCCCCUGUUCCAAACAGGACCUCACCAUCAUGCAGGAGGGGAAGGUGUGUUUUUGUACUGUUCCAGUGCCAUAAGGGACUUUACUUCUGAAAGAGAUGCUGGACCCACACAUUUCAGCCCAGAAAUCUUUCAUGAGAGGAUGGUUUGAGCUGUACUUUCAGCACUGUUGUUCACUUAAAGUCUAGAAAUGUUUCCAGAAUGUUGUGACAACACUGUUUUGUAGCUGUUACCAAAUGACACUUCACUGAAACUGAUUUUGUGGUCUUUAAAGCCAAGGUUUUAUUUGAAAUCCAAGUGUGAUUUAAGAAAAUACCCUUAUUGCAAUAUUUAAUUUGUAAAGCAGGGAUUGAAUUUUGACUUCCAUUAAACUUUAUAUAUGAGAAA